AUGGCAAAAAAGAAGCAAAAAGACAGCCUUACAGACCUCUUAGAUGGAGUGGAGAAGGCCCACAAAGCUCAAAUUCAACUUUACACCUCAGGCCACCUGAACCAUGACAAGCUUUUCAGGCCUCAGGUGUUAGUAAAACACAGUUACUGGGAGAGUGCAAAAAACCCUGGCUUGAUACCCAGAAGAAGAGCCCAGUUCACAGCACCCAGUGAGGCAUCUAGAAAGUCGAAGAAUACUUCAACCAGUUAUGCUGGCACACCAACUCCCACCCGGGCCAAAUCUGCUUCUCAUUCGUGUCGUCAGCCUUGGGCAUCCAAGGCCAGCUCUCGAGCUCCAGUAAGCAUUUCGCUCGGUGCUGCUGCCUUCAAACCACAACAAAAGGACACUCCUGAGGAAACAGAGGGUGGAGUUGGCCUAUUUCAAAAGAAGCUUAUACAGGAAGAGCUAGAAGUUCCAGAGUUGAAGAUAUUGAAAUACAAACCAACCAGAAACAGUCAGCUUUGUGUUAUGCAGGGGAUUAAAGAUGAAUACCAAUUCCUUCCUUCCUACUUGGCUGGCGUGACCAAAACAGACCAAUUUCACAAGUUCAUGCAAUUUCAGAAGGAUUUUAUUGCUAAGCGGGAUUUGCUAGAGAAUGAUUUCAUUGGGAGCAAGUCAGCAGAACAACAUGAAAGAAAAUUGGCUCAGGCACUCCGGAAUAUCUGUGAUUGCAAUCGUCCACAUUUUUACCGGUUGCAAGCUGUUGGUGAUGUGUUUGAAGAUAUCUGCAACAGCUCUUUGAUAUUUGGUGAUAUACUGAGGGAAGUGAAAAAUGAAUAUGAGCUCUACGUAGUGAUUCUCCUGGAUUCUCUACCUACAACACAAUACAGGUCUUUGCAAAACGAAGUAAAAGGCAUGGAGAAGAGGACAGUGAUGACACAUGAAAUAGAAGAGAAGAGGCAUGACAUACAGGCUCUGGUGCAGAAAUCCAAAUUGGCCUUAGCAAGAAAUGAAGAACUCAGACAUGAGUUAGAAAUUGAGCUGUGGGUGAGCCAGACUGACUCAAAAGCGGCAGAAAAAGAGAGGGCAGGGAAGUCAGAAACACCUCCUCUUUCCAGUGUCGAGCAACUUACAUCCCUGAGGAGUCAAAUUAUCAUGAAAUGGGAGGAGAUUCGAGCAAUGGAAAGAGAAAUUAAAGACACCAUGACUUUUGCUGCUAUUGCAAAUAUCAGAGAGAAAACAGUUAAAGAAUUAGAGGGAGAAGCAUCAAAACUUCAGGCAUCUAACAACUUUCUAAAAAAGCAAAUACGGGAUGUCGAACACAAUAUCACUUCUGCAUUAAUGAGGCAGAAGCUUAAUGGAGAAUGCCAACGGUGUUUGUGGGAGUUGGUGAAGGACUUCUUGACAUAUCAGGGGAAAGAAGACCCUUAUGAACAACUAGAAGAAUCAAGUUCUUCUGCUUCCUGUUCAAAUCUUUAA